AUGAAGCUUUGCCCUCGCGAUGCAGAUCUUUUGCGCGAGAUCAGUUCAUUGUCAACCAUGCGCGUCUGGUAUCCCACACAUCUUCAGAAGAUGCCGAAAGUUUCUUGGUCAUGUCUUACAUCCCUCGCUCAACACCACGGUUUUCAUCCAGCUGCAAAAUCUAUUAUGGACUACGGCAUGCAGCUUUCCACUUUCUCAGAAGGAUGUUCAGACCUUCAUCUUACACUUGAUCUUCCCCCAUUCACCAACCACCUUCUCGAGCGCGCAUCAAUUCGUGCCCUCCGUCGAACCUACCCCCCUGAUUGGCUUUUAAUACAGGGUGUCUCUGCUUCGCGAGAAAAACGCAUGGCUAUCCUUAAUGAACUCAUCAGUGCUGUCAAAUUCAUCAAGUUCUUUGCAUGGGGGGACCACUGGAUUAAACGGAGCACGGAUGCACGAGGGGUGGAGACGAAUGGGAUGGUGAAGGUGCUGUUUUCCAUGAUCUGGACCUCUGCUCUUAUUUUGGCGUCGCUCAUAUCGUUCUUCACUUUCGGGUACCAAGGCAACCAGCUGGCUGCGUCCGUUGCAUUCAUGCCCAUCGCGCUAUUGUAA